AUGGAGGGCGCAGGGCCCCGGGGGGCCGGGCCGGAGCGGCGCCGGGGAGCCGGGGGGCCGCCGCCGCCGCUGCUGCCAUUCCCGCUGCUGCUGCUGCUCUGGCUGCUACCCGGCCCCGCGGCGCCCCAGGAGCUGAACCCUCGCGGCCGCAACGUGUGCCGCGCGCCGGGCUCCCAGGAACCCACGUGCUGCACCGGCUGGAGGCAGCAGGGGGAUGAGUGUGGAAUCGCGGUGUGUGAAGGCAACUCCACGUGCUCGGAGAACGAGGUGUGCGUUCGGCCAGGCGAGUGCCGCUGCCGGCACGGCUACUUCGGUGCUAACUGCGACACCAAGUGCCCGCGCCAGUUCUGGGGCCCCGACUGCAAGGAGCUUUGUAUUUGCCACCCGCACGGGCAGUGCGAAGACGUGACGGGCCAGUGCACGUGUCACGCGCGGCGCUGGGGCGCACGCUGCGAGCAUGCAUGCCAGUGCCAGCAUGGCGCGUGCCACCCGCGGAGCGGCGCGUGUCGAUGCGAGCCUGGCUGGUGGGGCGCGCAGUGUGCCAGCGCGUGCUAUUGCAGCGCCACGUCGCGCUGCGACCCGCAGACGGGCGCGUGCCUGUGCCACGCAGGGUGGUGGGGCCGCAGCUGCAAUAAUCAGUGCGCCUGCAACACAUCGCCGUGCGAGCAACAGAGCGGCCGCUGUCAGUGCAGGGAGCGCACGUUCGGGGCGCGCUGCGAGCGCUACUGUCAGUGCUUCCGCGGCCGCUGCCACCCUGUGGAUGGUACGUGCGCCUGCGAGCCGGGCUACCGCGGGAAGUACUGCCGAGAGCCGUGCCCUGCUGGCUUUUACGGCCUGGGCUGCCGCCGCCGAUGCGGCCAGUGCAAGGGCCAGCAGCCGUGUACGGUGGCAGAGGGCCGAUGCCUGACGUGCGAGCCCGGCUGGAACGGCACCAAAUGCGACCAACCGUGCGCCACAGGCUUCUACGGCGAGGGCUGUGGCCACCGCUGCCCGCCAUGCCGCGACGGUCACGCUUGUAACCACGUCACCGGCAAGUGCACGCGCUGCAACGCGGGCUGGAUUGGCGAUCGGUGCGAGACCAAGUGCAGCAAUGGCACUUACGGCGAGGACUGCGCAUUCGUGUGCUCUGAUUGCGGCAGCGGCCACUGCGACUUCCAGUCUGGGCGUUGCCUGUGCAGCCCUGGUGUCCAUGGGCCCCACUGUAACCUGACGUGUCCGCCUGGACUCCAUGGCGUGGACUGUGCCCAGAUCUGCAGUUGCCAUGAAGACUCGUGCGACCCGGUCACCGGUGCCUGCCGCCUGGAGACCAACCAGCGCAAGGGCGUGAUGGGCGCCGGCGCGCUGCUCGCCCUGCUCCUCGGCCUGCUGCUGUCGCUGCUCGGCUGCUGCUGCGCCUGCCGCGGCAAGGACCCCGCGCGCCGGGAGCUCUCGUUGGGGAGGAAGAAGGCGCCGCAACGACUGUGCGGGCGCUUCAGUCGCAUUAGCAUGAAGUUGCCCCGGAUCCCGCUCCGCAGGCAGAAGCUACCCAAGGUCGUAGUGGCCCAUCACGACCUGGAUAACACACUCAACUGCAGUUUCCUGGAGCCUCCCUCAGGCCUGGAGCAGCCCUCACCAUCAUGGUCCUCCAGGGCCUCCUUUUCCUCCUUCGACACCACUGAUGAAGGGCCUGUAUACUGUGUGCCCCACGAGGAGGCGACAGGCCAAAGCCAGGAUGUGGAAGCCCCUACCGGCCCUGCGGAGCCGUCCUCCCCCACGUCCUUGACCACUGCAGAGUGCGUGGAGGAGGCGACCCCCCUCCCCGCGUCCUCCGACAGUGAGCGGUCGCUGUCCAGCGUGGAAGGGCCUAGCGGGGCGCUGUAUGCGCGAGUGGCCCGGCGCGAGGCCCGGCCGGCCCGGGCCCGGGAUCCUGGAGGCCUGUCGCUUUCGCCCUCGCCUGAGCGCAGGAAGCCGCCGCCACCCGACCCGGCCACCAAGCCCAAGGUGUCCUGGAUCCACGGCAAGCACGGCGCCUGUUCACCCUCGCCGCCGCCGCUGGGCCCCGAGGCCGCGCCCGGUCCCAGCAAGAGGAAACGGACACCCAGCGACGCCUCCGCGAGGCCGGAGGAGCAGGGCUGCCCCAGGCCCGCGACGCGGCCGGCGGCCCCCGGGCUGGCGGAGGAGGGGCCGGCCUUCGCGGCUCCCUCGCCGCCGCGGGCUCGGGCGCGGGGCCGCGGCCCUGGAGUCCCGGAGCCCACGGACGCUGGCGGACCCCCGCUCAGCGCGCCGGAGGCGGCCUCCAUGCUGGCGGCGGAGCUUCGCUGCAAGACUCGAAGCCUGGGCCGCGCGGAGGGGGCCCUGGGCGCGCAUGGGCCGCGAGAGAAGCCGGCGCCACCGCAAAAGGCCAAACGUUCGGUGCUGCCCGCCUCGCCGGCUCGCGCGGUCCCCGAGCCCAAGGUCCUGGGGGUCGAGAAGGAGGCGACUGGCCCACCUGGGCCUGACACCCCCCGGAAGAAAACCCCCAUUCAGAAACCCCCGCGCAAGAAGAGCCGGGAAGCGGCGGGCGAGCUGGGCAGGGCCGGCGCGCCUACCCUGUAGCAGGCGGCAGCCCGCGGUGCCCGCAACUUCCCUCGGCUUCGCAACGCUGCUUGUCACCCCGCGUUCCGUGCUCUCCGGACCUCUCCCAGGAUGUCUCUGAGACACCCCCUCACCCCCCUACCCCCCACCCCCGGGCACGGGUAGCCUGGAGGGAGGCAGUGUCUCAUUGGCUCAGGCCCCAAAUAUUUGGAGUCUUGCCUUCUGGCCGGAAGGCUCAGCCCAUUGGUCAAGGCCUACGGUUGUCUACUGGGCGACUCCCCACUGGCCAAGUAAUUGAAGCUCUGAGCAGCCCGAGCAGCCCGAGCAGCCCGAAUCUCAAAGGCCCAGGACCGCGGGGGUCCUACCUAGAGCCCACCUCUUGCUGGCCGAACCUGCACUUGACUGGGGCUACUUUCUCAUUGGCUGAGGCCAGAAGCACUUCUGCCCCGCCUGCCUCUCAUUGGCCAGGGCCUGGUGCCUCUGGCUGGAGGCUCCUUUCCUUGAACCUGUCCUGGCUACUCCCCCGGGCCCAGUCCCAGGGCAUUUGGUUACUGGGAGCUGGGGAGGAGGGCUGGUCUCUGCUCCUCAGGGGGCUCAGUGACCCUGGACUUGGCUGUCCCACCUCUGUGGGCACCUCUGUGCCACCAGCACUGGCCCUUCAGCUAUCAGCUGGUUUUGAUGGCCUCCCACCACCCACACACAUCGGAAUCCAAGGGACAACUCCAGUGGCCUGAGGAGAUGUAUUUAUAGGCCCCAGGAUGGGCUCAUCCCAGCAGGGGCUUGGCCAAAGCUUUCUUAAUAAAGUGCCUUAACCCCACCCCUCAGUGUUCUGACUGCUUCCCAUCUGCUGGGCCUUGUACAAGUAAGACUGUCCCCCAAAAGAAAUUGCAUGUGCCCUCUUCCAGCCUGCAUUCACACCCUACACCCCCACCUAAGUGGAGCCUGGGAGCCCAGUUAUGGUUCUCUUAGGACCAUGAUAGACAUUGGUGGUGUGCAUUUGCCCUUCAUUCAUUUGUGUGUCAACCUUAUUGGGCACCCACCUUGGCAUGCCUCAUCCUGGACUUGCCACCUGAGACAAACAGAGGGGGCGGAGUCACUUGACUGCAGAUAGCUGGUGCGGGGCUGCUUCAGACCUGCACUUUCACCACUGACAGCUGCUUUAUGCUGUGUGCUCAGAAUCAUUUGUUGUGGCUGGGGCGGAUCAGGGACCGGGACCAGAGGGCAUUGGGCCAUGGGCACAACCUCCAGCCAGGCCUGUCUGAUACAAACUAGAUAAUCUGGCACUACACAGAGCCCUGCUGUCUGCCUCAAUGGGCUCCUUGUCCUCAGCGGAAACUCACCAAUCCACCCGCCUGCCUGGGUGAGGUGGGGGGGAGAGGGAAAGGAGCAUGCCUGGCCCAGAGUCUUGGCUGGCCUUGCAGGCAGCCGCUUGCUGCCUGGCCUCUCAGCCAAUACCCACUCUGGCCUGGCCUUCUAUGUGUGACCAUCUGUCCCCUGGUGUCUGCUCUGCUUCUGGCCCUUGAGUACAUCCCAGAUGACCUUUCUGAGCUAUAAAGCCUUACCUUUCUAUGGAGCCCACCAUCCUUUCUACUAGGUUCCAACAGCUAAGUCCAUCUGGUCCCUCUCAUUUCUCUGCCUCUCUCUGUUGGCCCUCUUCCCUGUCUUUUGAUGUUCAGCUCUUUUGACCAAGAGAUUCAACUAAGAUUCUCCAGUUAUCUCCCCACCCCUGCCCUAUAGCCCAUGGCAAUGCAGAAAUCUGACCAAGACUGGCAGCUCAGGGUUCUCACCUGGCCAUUCUCUUGCCUUCUGGCUGGAUCCCACAUUGAGGCCAACUUCAGUGACCCAUCCGGGACUCAGUCUUCUGAGGGAAGAAGGCCUCAUACCAUGGGUGAGACAUCUGACGAGGCUUGCAUACACGGUCUCUGUAUCUGGCCUAGUCAAGCAGCACUUCUUUCUCCAGGGCAUGCUGUUUAUCUCAAGCCAGUGGGCAUCCUCUCAACAAUGGCUCUGCAUCUCUUCCCAUCCAUUCAAGGGCCACAUCAGCUUCCACUGGAGUUGUGUCCACAGACUCACAGUCGCCCCCGAGGGGAGAAAUGCUGGGCUGAGCCCAGUGAAGCAGGGCAGUGACUGAGGAAUAAGGUGGGCAGCGGGCUUUUGCUGUGCCCCCCAGCACCACAAUGCGCCACAUUGCCCUUGGCUCUAGCUUCCCCUCUCUCCCCAGUCUGGACCAGUGAGGAACAGGGUGGUCAUGUCAACAUUGCUUUUCCUCCCCCUCCUGUGGGAGCCGUGCAGGUGUCUGAGGCUCUAGCCUUAAGGAACCCCUCUGUGGGUGCCACACAGAACAGGGAGAUAUCCUCCUAUUCUGACAGCAGCUCUGCCACCUGCCCCUCUGUGGGCUGAAUGCUGUGGCCUGAAUGCAGAACGACCCCGGUCUACCAGUAGCACCCUCCCCCCACACUAUGCAGGUGGCCAACUGGGGAGGAGUUGCUGGGAUCCCUCAACAUCCCUCUGCUUCCACAGUCACCCCCUCCCACCAUACCCCCUCGGGCCUGCCACAGCGCCAGAUCCCAGGGCAGGCGCCACAAAAGGGAACCACAGCUGCUGGAACCUCUGUUGCCAUGGGGAUGGGGACCACAGGACCCACAUCUGGUAGCGAUUGAGGAGGAAAAAUUAUGAGUCGUGGAAAACGCAAAUAUUUUUUGUAGCACAGAGCACAAAGGAGCAGGAGGAAUGUGGGACUAGAGAAGGCCUAAACUCAGCCAAUUUCAAAUGGGGAUGCAACAUACAUCAUACAGAAAGACAGAGCCACACACACACCACCAGACCCACAGAAGUACCAAGACAGACACACAUACUACAACAUAUACCCACACACCCAACUGGACACAAAGAAACAUGAGAGACUCCCUCUCCAACUCAAAAAAUGCACACGCACAGAGACAUACUCUGCGACACUACACAUACAUAAAAAAAACCACAGAAACACCAGAGACAACUUCACUGCAAUAGACAUGUAUAGGCAGCCCACAGGAGAAUAGGGUAGCAUGCUUACCCUGACACACACACACACGCACACACAUUCCAGCAGACACAAAAACAAGAAAAGACCCACUCCAUGAAACACUAUAUGUAACCUAGACCCAGAGACACCGAGAUAGAC